CGCCUCCCGGGGCGCGUCCCCGCGGCCGGCGCGCGCUCCAGGGCGGGGGAUGUUGUGAUGGAGAAGCCGCCGCGGAGCCCGAGUCCCGCAGCCUGAGCCACCGCCGCCACCUGGGCCUGGGGCCUCCCCGCGCAGGAUCUGCCAAGGCCAUGUCUGUCCCGUCAUCACUGAGCCAGUCGGCCAUUAAUGCCAACAGCCACGGAGGCCCCGCCCUGAGCCUGCCCCUGCCACUGCACGCUGCCCACAACCAGCUGCUCAACGCUAAGCUGCAGGCCACGGCGGUGGGGCCCAAGGACCUACGCAGUGCCAUGGGUGAGGGUGGUGGGCCCGAGCCAGGCCCUGCCAAUGCCAAAUGGCUAAAGGAAGGUCAGAAUCAACUCCGGCGGGCUGCCACCGCCCAUCGUGACCAGAACCGCAACGUGACCUUGACCUUGGCUGAGGAGGCCAGCCAGGAACCUGAGAUGGCACCACUGGGCCCCAAAGGCCUGAUGCACCUGUACUCUGAGCUGGAGCUCUCUGCUCAUAAUGCAGCCAACCGAGGGCUCCGAGGGCCAGGCCUGAUCCUCAGCACCCAUGAUCAGGGGCCAGACGAGGGAGAAGAGAAGGCAGCAGGGGAGGCUGAAGAGGAUGAUGAGGAAGAGGAUGAUGAGGAGGAGGAGGACUUGUCUUCUCCCCCAGGACUGCCAGAGCCCCUGGAGAAUACAGAGGUACCUGCAGGACCCCAGGCUCUUGCAGAUGGUCCCCGGGAGCACAGCAAGAGUGCCAGCCUCCUGUUUGGCAUGCGGAACAGUGCAGCCAGUGAUGAGGACUCAAGUUGGGCAACCUUAUCCCAGGGCAGCCCCUCCUAUGGCUCCCCAGACGACACAGAUUCCUUCUGGAACCCCAACGCCUUCGAGACGGAUUCCGACCUGCCGGCUGGAUGGAUGAGGGUCCAGGACACCUCAGGGACCUAUUACUGGCACAUCCCGACAGGAACUACCCAAUGGGAACCCCCUGGCCGAGCCUCCCCAUCACAGGGAAGCAGCCCCCGAGAGGAAUCCUCGCAGCUCACCUGGACUGGCUUCACCCAUGGAGAAGUCUUUGAGGAUGGGGAAUUUUGGAAGGAUGAGCCCAAUGAGGAGGCCCCAAUGGAUUUGGGACUGAAAGAACCUGAGGAGGGGACAUUGCCCUUCCCAGCUCAGAGCCUCAGCCCAGAGCCAUUGCCUCAGGAGGAAGAGAAGCUGCCCUCAAGGAAUGUCAACCCAGGAAUCAAGUGUUUUGCUGUGCGCUCUCUGGGCUGGGUAGAGAUGACCGAAGAGGAGCUGGCCCCUGGACGCAGCAGUGUGGCUGUCAACAAUUGCAUUCGUCAACUCUCCUACCACAAAAACAAUCUGCAUGACCCCAUGUCAGGGGGCUGGGGAGAGGGAAAGGAUCUGCUGCUGCAGCUUGAGGACGAGACCUUGAAGCUGGUGGAGCCCCAGAAUCAGGCCCUGUUGCACGCCCAGCCCAUUGUCAGCAUUCGCGUAUGGGGCGUCGGGCGGGACAGUGGAAGGGACUUUGCCUAUGUAGCUCGUGAUAAGCUGACCCAGAUGCUCAAGUGCCACGUGUUUCGCUGUGAGGCACCCGCCAAGAACAUUGCCACCAGCCUGCAUGAGAUCUGCUCUAAGAUCAUGGCUGAACGGCGCAAUGCCCGCUGCUUGGUAAAUGGACUCUCCCUGGACCACUCUAAACUUGUGGAUGUCCCUUUUCAAGUGGAAUUCCCAGCGCCCAAGAAUGAGUUGGUACAAAAGUUCCAAGUCUAUUACCUGGGGAAUGUGCCAGUCGCUAAACCUGUGGGUAUCGAUGUGAUAAAUGGGGCCCUAGAGUCAGUCCUGUCCUCCAGUAGCCGCGAGCAGUGGACCCCAAGCCACGUCAGUGUGGCCCCCGCUACCCUCACCAUCUUGCACCAGCAGACGGAGGCAGUGCUGGGGGAAUGUCGGGUGCGCUUCCUCUCCUUCCUGGCAGUGGGCAGAGAUGUCCACACAUUUGCAUUCAUCAUGGCUGCCGGCCCAGCCUCCUUCUGCUGCCACAUGUUCUGGUGCGAGCCCAACGCUGCGAGCCUCUCAGAGGCUGUGCAGGCUGCGUGCAUGCUCCGUUACCAGAAGUGUCUGGAUGCACGUUCCCAGGCCUCCACUUCCUGCCUCCCAGCACCCCCUGCUGAGUCUGUUGCCCGGCGUGUAGGCUGGACUGUCCGCAGGGGGGUUCAGUCGCUGUGGGGGUCCCUCAAGCCCAAACGGCUGGGGGCCCAUACUCCCUGAAGCCCUCUGUCCCUCCUCCACCUGCUUGCAUUAUACCCCCUGGGAACUCAAGGGUAUGAAGCAGGGAGGGGCCCUAGAGGCUAUUAGGCCACAGCCCCCCCAAAAGCUGCCCCUCCCAAGGAGCUGAGGUUCCUUGACUAUGGGCUGGGAGGGGAAAGUGAUAAUACUGGAUGACUAGAGGCCCGGGGAGCGAGGACAACCCUGGGCUCUUACCCAUUUCUGAUGGAGCAGGAGGAAUCGGUUUAGGCCAGGCCUUCCUGGUAGGGUCCAGGAAGGGGGUGGCAGUCCAGGUAUGGGUCACCUCCCCCUUGCUCUGUGGCCACCUCUGCUGUACUGAUAUCACUAAUAAAGUCUGUCUGCCCUACUGA